UACAAUGGCAUGGCCGCUCUCAGGUUUCUCUCUGCCUAAACCAAAAACAGUCCGUCAUUCCUCAAACACACUCCAUCUAAUGAGUGUGCGCCGUCUGGUGGAAAGCUACCGCUCUCCCACCAAACACAAAUCAGUCAUAGAAUGGCGUAUGGACUAACCGUUAUAGGUCCAAGAGCCACAAGCGCACCAAACCAAACCAAACCCUAACCUAUAAUUGUUGGUUAUGUGACCUAACCUAUAAUUGUUGGUUAUGUGACAAUAUGGACAGUGCACGUGGGCACACUAAACGAAAAGAGAAAAUCGGUGCACGCGGUAUAGAAUGUUUGUGGGGCGAUCUAAAAACUCAUCCACAAUGUGUUCAUGGGCCAACAUUAUUGUUUGGCAGAUACGUUGAUGGUGAAGUAAAUAAAUUUUAUGCAUGCUCUGCUUGUCGUGACAGAAAACUAUGCAAAUUCUAUUUGAAGUAUGGAGAAGAACUAUCAAAAUCUCAAAAGAGUAGUUGGGAGCAAGAGAAGAAGAAACUUACACAGCAUUAUUUUCCUCAAAAAUUGUUCAUUCGGUUGAACGAAAUCAAGGCAGUAUGUCCGGCAAACAGAUAUUACUGCCAUACAUGUGAAAAGUUAAUAUUUGCUUCUGAAAAGAAAAAGCAUACUGAUCAUGAGAUUACAGAAAACUUGUCUGAUUAUCAGCUACGUCACCCAACAGAGCUUUUAAAAGCUUUGGAUGAUGCAAAGAAAGAAGCACAAUAUUUUUUCUCAAUGAAAUCUACCAAGGAUAUAACAGACAUGCUUUUGAAGCUUGGAGCUAAACAGAUUCUUUGUAUUGGAACACCAAGAAUACAUGAAUAUAUAACUGAAUUUCAUGCAGAUAAAAUGUCUUCUCUUCUUUUAGACUUUGAUGGUAGAUUUCACAAUUUUUUUGGACCUCUGGAAUAUUGUUGGUAUAAUUUUUUCAACCAUCACUUUUUCAAGAAAGAUGCAAGUAAUGUUUUCAAAGAUUUUAUCUCUCAAAAUAAAGGAAAGAACACUUAUUUGAUAUGUGAUCCUCCCUUUGGUGGUCGUGUAGAGCCCAUGUCUUACACAAUUAAAACCAUAUCUGAUUUACAUAGAAAAUUAAAUAAUAUUACUGAUAGUGACAAUGAUAAUUCACUGAAAAUUAUAUUUAUGUUCCCAUAUUUCAUGGAGCACAUAAUGAAGGAAAAAAGCAAUCCUCCAUCAGUGGCUGGCGGUUUGAAGGAUUUGGAAAUGUCCGAUUAUAAAGUUGAUUAUGAUAAUCAUCCGUUGUUUGUGUUAGGAAAACAAGGUUCCCCAGUAAGGCUCUUUACGAAUGUACCAUUAAAGUUAUUAGAACUUCCUAUAUCUGACGGAUACAAGUUCUGCAAAAAAUGUGAGAAAUGGGUGUCUGUCGAAAAUAAGCAUUGCAAGAAGUGCAAAGAGUGCACAUCUAAAGACGGUCGUACAUACAAACACUGCGAUAUAUGCGAGCGAUGCGUCAAACCCACGUGGGAGCAUUGCGAAACAUGCAAAAGAUGUAUGUUGGAAAAACAUACGUGUGGCCAAGUUCCAAAUAUUGUAGGAAGAUGUUUUAAGUGCAAGGAAUUAGGUCAUACCGCUAAAGACUGUUCUUUAUCUUCUACCGAGAUCAUAAAUGGGACAAACACAAAGAAAAACAAACUAGUUAAGAAACGCAAAGCUAAAAAUGAAUCAGAAACACCUCCAAUUAAAAAAAACAAAGUUGAACAUUCGCGAAAAAUUGCCAAGCAAAAUGUUCAUAAAAGCGACAAGAAUAAAGUUCUAACUACAAGAAAAAGUAAACUUAGUAAAAAAAAGCAAAAAAAAUAGAACGAUCUUUUUACAUAUUUUUAUAUAUACAUGAACAAUAAAUAGCAAAUUUAAAAUGUAUUUUUAAUGGUUUUUAAUGGUUUUUAAAAUUUUUUUUAUCUUAUUUUUGUCUUGUAUUUAAUUCAUGUUAUAUUCAAAUUAGUUCCAAACUCUCAGAGACAGUAACGACAGAUUCCGACGCAAAAAUGCAGAAUAACUAAUUCACAAAAUUUAUAGUCAAUUUAUUGAGACUUUUCUCGACUGACAGACAUUUAUUAUAA